AUGUUCAGUGGAACGCUUCAAUCAUCAUCAGAGGCCCAGGAUGAACAACCCCCCAGGUACUCCGUGCUCGAGGCCACUGGAUGGUCUCGAGAGGACGAUGGCCGCAUCGCGGUUGAUCUUGACUCCAAGAUUUGUAGGGCCGUUUCAAAGCUGAUCCGGACACCGCGCGACGAAGCCGAGGCCCCUCCUCCGGAAUACCCUGGAAGCGAUCUCUGUGACCUUCGCCUGAACAUCGUCAUUCAAGUUGUCGGGAGUCGAGGCGAUGUACAGCCCUUUAUUGCGUUGGGAAAUGAGCUUCAACUGCAUGGCCACCGCGUGCGUUUAGCUACCCACGGAGUGUUUGAAACUUUCGUUAUCGAAUCGGGCUUGGAGUUCUAUCCGAUUGGCGGGGAUCCAUCAGAACUGAUGGCGUAUAUGGUCAAGAACCCGGGCUUGAUACCUCAGAUGAAAAGUCUGCGAGAUGGAGAAAUCCAGCGCAAGCGAGCAAUGGUGGCAGAGAUGUUAAAUGGCUGUUGGGAAUCCUGUAUUAGGGACGAUCCAGUGAGCAACGUUCCAUUUGUGGCGGACGCCAUCAUUGCCAAUCCUCCGAGCUUUGCACACAUCCACUGCGCCCAAGCACUCUCGAUUCCUUUGCAUAUCAUGUUCACUAUGCCUUGGAGCAGCACCAAAGCCUUCCCUCACCCUUUGGCAAAUUUGAAGUAUUCAAACACGGAGCCGAAAAUAGCAAAUUUCGUCUCCUACGGUAUCGUUGAAUGGAUGACUUGGCAAGGCCUAGGUGAUGUUAUAAACGAUUGGAGGGCAUCGCUUGAUUUAGAACCUAUACCAGCCACCGAAGGGCCUUCUUUAACUGAAACUCUCAAGGUACCUUUUACGUACUGUUGGUCUCCAUCUCUAAUGCCCAAGCCACUGGAUUGGCCAGCGCACAUCGAUGUUUGUGGGUUUUUCUUUCGCUCGGUCCCGAACUACACACCACCCCCAGAUCUAGAUGCGUUUCUUCGAAAUGGCAGCCCACCGGUAUAUAUUGGUUUCGGCAGUAUUGUUAUCGAGGAUCCAGCUGGUAUGACCAGUCUGAUACUCCAGGCUAUCAAAGCAUUGGGUGUUCGCGCAAUAGUAUCCCGCGGCUGGAGCAAACUGGGCAAUGACUUUUCGGACGAUCAGGUGUUUUACCUCGGCGAUUGCCCUCACGAGUGGUUGUUCCAACAUGUCUCUGCUGUUGUCCAUCACGGUGGCGCAGGGACUACAGCGUGCGGUUUGCGCUUUGGAAAGUCUACAGCUAUCGUGCCAUUCUUUGGAGACCAACUCUUUUGGGGAAAUAUGAUCGCCUCUCGUGGUCUUGGACCAAGCCCUAUCCCAUACAAACAGCUCAACGCACAGAACUUGGCGAGUGCCAUCGAAUUCUGCCUUCAACCGUCUGCUCAGGCUGCCGCUCGUGAUGUCGCCAGGCAAAUGAGCGAUGAGUCUGGUGUUAGCACGGCAGUCACAUCCUUUCAUCGCAAUUUACCUCUAGAUACCAUGCGCUGCCAUUUGUUGACCUCAGAACCAGCCGUUUGGAAGUUGAGAAAGGCUUCGAGGCCUUUGCAUCUAUCUAAACUGGCCGCAGAAGUUCUUGUCGAACACCAUCGUUUAAAGUUGGGUGACAUUGAGCCCUACGCGAGUCAUUCAAUCUACAUCCAGAAUAGGCGAUGGGAUCCAGUUACGGGCACCACUUCCUCCCUCAUUGGUACUAGCACCGACAUAAUGAAGGCCACCGGCGAUAUAUUUCUCCUUCCGUAUCAGGAAUUCCGUCGUCAUCCUCAGAGCUCAUCGAAGAACGAUCUCCCUGAGACCUCUGGUAGAUCGCCCAGCGUUUCAUCUACAGGAGCAUCUUCUGUGGUCACCACCAAUAGUGAAAGGCAAUCAAGACUGAAGACUGCAGGUGCGGCCCUGGGUGCUUCUGCAAAGAGCAUGGGAAAAGCAGUAGGUCACUCAUAUAAAGGCAUGCUUAUCGAUAUGCCUUUAGCUGCGAGCGAAGGACUUAGAGCAGUUCCACGACUGUACGGUGACGAAGUCAAAAGCCAUGGCGAUGUUCGGGACUGGAAAUCUGGGGCCAUGUUUGCAGGGAAGAAUUUCGCCCAGGGAAUGACAGAAGGUUUAAGUGAUCUUUUCGUGCAACCCUACAAAGGUGGUCGACAGGAAGGGGCCAAGGGUGUGAUGAAGGGGCUUGCUAAAGGAACACUUGGGGCUACCACGAAGGUUUCAUCAGCCGCAUUGGGGUUGGUGGCAUAUCCAGCUCAUGGUAUGAUGAAAAGCCUGUACACCGCAACACAUUCCAAAACCAGAAAGCAAAUCAUCGAAGCUCGGAGAAGAGAAGGAAAAUACUUGGAGCAACACUCAGAUAAAAGUCGAGUGGGUCGCCAAGUAGUUCUUCGGAAGUUCGAGGCCCAACAACGCAUAUUCAUCGACGAUGUUAACUCGAAGUGA